UUUCCGCCAUUGCUCGUAAAAGAACGGAUAUCUUCGUUAUUGUUCAGAAAUCGUGGAAUUCUACAAAAUCUCUCCUAUGAAACAUGUGAUCAAAGCUGGAUAAGGACUAAUGCUUUAGUAAACAUAGACAAUUGAUCCACAAAAUGUCUCCCUGGUAUGGUUUUAUUGAGAAUGCGUUUACCAAUAUUUCCGUAAUCUUUCCGUAAUGUCAGAAGUCGACAUUUCCGAAGAGCUUCCGAAUGGAGACGACUCGGCCUUUACGGACGAUCAUCAACAAACUAACUCAGGCGGUGAUGCAAGCAGCACGGUAAAUGCCGAGAGUCCCUCGAUCAACCAUCAGCCUCUGCCAUCACAACUAUAUGUAACAACAACGCAAGGCCUUGUCCCAGCGGAACAAAUCCAAGAGGACAUAAAAACUACACACAUAGUGAUCCAUGAUCAGACGUUUGACGGGGGACUAAAAACCCCCACCACCCCACUGCCCCCUCCCACCCCUGCCACUCCACUCAGCAGAGAAAAAGGGUUCAAGUACACAUGGGAUGAAUCUGUGCAGGGCAAUAUUCUGCCAGUGAGGUGUAAAAACUCCAACGGAGAGCUCUACAAAAAUAAAUUUGGUUCAGGAGGAAGGGGGAGAUGCAUAAAGAGUGAUGGUGAAUGGUUUACUCCCAAUGAGUUUGAGGCCCGUAGUGGUCGUGCCAGCAGCAAGGACUGGAAGAGGAGCAUUCGUUAUGGGGGUCGGACACUGCAGUGCCUAAUUGAGGAUGGGGUGUUGCAGCCUCAUGCAACAUCCUGUACAUGUGCCGCAUGCUGUGAUGAUGAAUCAGUUACUGGCCCAGUACGAUUAUUUGUACCUUACAAGAGGCGUAAAAAAGACAGUGAGAGUGGGGCCCCUCCCUCCCCUCCUUUGUCUUCUCCACUUCCAAUCAAAAAGCAGAGGAUCAACUCUGUCAAAUCUCCUGCUCCCGCACCCGCUGCUACACAACAAAUCACGAACGCCCCUUCACCGGUAUCCCUGGCAACCAUUGUACCAGCCUCCAACAUCAGCAAGGACACGGGAGCUGUUAUGGUAUCCAUUGGUGGACAGACCCACACAGCACAGCCAAUCAAAGUGACAACGUCAGAGGGCGAAACCAUGCAGAUGCAAAUCUUAACAACAAAUGACAGUCUGGGGACCUACCUGACAACGGGAGAAGCUGUAGUGAUGGCCCCUAUUUCUGAGGUGAAGAAUGCGAAUGGAGGACUGACAAAUGCCGCCAUUCUGUCAGUUCCUGACAUGUCAGAACAAAGACAGUGGUGGCAGCUAGAAGAGUUAGCCAAUAACAUGUUGCUGCAGGCCCAACAGCUUAAGUCAAUGAUAGAACAAGCCAAACAGCAGACCCAGUUAUUCAGAGAUGCAGCGGUCCAGCAGGUCAAGGCUCAGAUGGAGAAAGAGAAACAAGAGGCAUUAAGUGCUCUGAAACUGGAACACCAGGUCAAUCUUUCCCGUGCAAUCAUGUCUGAGCGAGCACAGCGCCAAGUAGCUAUCCAGCAGGCUGUAGCCAGUGCCAAAGCCGAAGUGAAGGAAAAUAUAGACGUUGCCGUGGUGUCGUGUGAUUCAUGGUCCUCAGAAAAUGGCCAGCCAGCAUCAAACAGUAUGGUAGAGACUCUGAUGGUGUCGGAAGCUGAUUCCGAGAAGGAAAAGGAAUAAUUUUUAAAUAUGUCAUGAUUGAAGUCAAAAUUUUGCUGUCAUGUCAUAAUUAGCUGCAAUCAUGUAGCCCUCUUCAAAUAUUUUGUUGAACAUGGGAAGGGGGAGGGGCUCUCUGGAAAAACAUUGGAUCUAAAAUAUCAGAGAGGGUUACAUUAUUGCAAGUAUUUCAUAAUAAGACAUAAUGCUGCGGGUGUAUAGUUCAUUUUAUUUAACAUUUUAUCAUUAUUUUGUCCAUCAAACUUGUUAACUCUGUCGUAUUUAAUUAUAUUCACAUUAUGUUCAGUGAAAUGUUUUAUGUUAUUACA